UCAGUUCAUCGUAAUUUUUUUUUUUGCCAAGUUUGCAAUAUUUAAAAAAAAAAAAAAAUGACGUGGCCUGUCAUUUUUUGUAUUUUGCUGACUACUGUUUUUGUCCAAGCAAAUGAAAAUGAAAGCCCUGCAUUUGUUGAAUCAAAAAUAUUAAAUUUUUCCGAAACUUUAACAGUUAGGAUAUUUAAUAAUACAAAAAAUCCUCAUGAUAUUAAAAACGAUAUUUAUCGUGAUGUUCUUGGUAUCAUUGAUGGUCUAGGUAAUGAUCAUGAUAUUUCUACACGAGCAGCUGUAAAUUCUCUUGAUUCAACCUCAGAAAAUUACGAACUGAUGAUACCAUGUAUAGAUUCUUUAACUAAUGCAUUAUACGAUCAAUACAAAGCUUCAAGAAAUGCCAUCACUGAUGCAAUGUAUGCUUUUGAAAAUUUCACUCGUACUAAAAUCAACAACUUGGCAUUUAUUUCAAGUGGUGAAUUAUUAAAAAGAGAUUUUGAAACGACAAUUGAUUCGUGUUAUCAAGAAACUAUAAAUCCAACACAAAAAUGUGAUUUUGCAAAAUUAAAUCAUUUAAUAAUGAAAAUGGAAGAAUAUUUAGCUGCAAAUGAUGAUGUUAACAUUGAAAAAAUAGCAACUGAAAUAAAAAUAAAAACAGCAUUAAAAGAAUUUCAUUUAUUUUCAAUGGAAAUUAAUAAUUUAGUUGAUGUGUGUCGUGAUAUAUUUUUACCAAGUAAUAAAACAACUGAAAAGUUGUCUGAUAAAUAUAAGAAAACACCAUUUGAAUUGUAUAUUAAUUUAAAAAUUAAUGAACUGGCAAUUAAUCAUGGAAAAAUAAAUAGCAGUCAAUUGAAUAGUUUAUUGAAUCUUGAUAAUUAUAGAAGUGAUGGUUUGACAGAUAUUAAUCAAACAUAUAAUAAUUUAACAUCAAGUAUUAAUAAGUCAGAAAUAUCUAUGGAAUUACAAGAUCCAAAAAAAUUAACAUGUAAUCAAUACCUUCAAGAAAAUAUAUUUGAUUCAUAUACAUCUGCUUAUUUUAAAAUUGAAAAAACACACAUUUUAUACGAUGAAAAUAUCAAGCAGAAUACAUCACAAGCUGCCCAGGUUGAAAAAGAUUUAAAGACAACAUUAGAGCUAUUAAAAAAAUCAAGAAAACAGUUGGCAGCAAAAAGAAAGCUAUCAUUUUUCCAAAAUGUCAUUGAUCAAGUUAAAAAAAUUGGAACAUUUAAUUCAUUAAAAGAUCACAUUGAAGAGCUUGGCGUAUCACUGGCUCAACAAAUGAAAAGAAAUUUAGAUUUAUUUUAUGCACGUUUAUUUGGUGCAUUUGAUUUACAAAAUAUUUGUUUAGAUGUCAAUAGAUCAGCACAAUUCCGUCUUUUUGGAUUGAAAACCGUGACAAAUACAACUAAAAUAAAACAAGGUUUUAUAACAAAACUCGAUAAUUUGAUACACUCAACAAUUGCCACUGGAAUUGAUGCACUUGAUGAUUUCAAAGAACAUUCACGUAAUUCAUUGAGUAAUUUUUAUACAGCUUUAGAAAAUAUAUUGACAGAAGGAAGUCAUUAUCCAAAAUUCAAAGAAACGAUUUCCGAGUGUAUUAAAUAUGGUGAAAAUACGACAAUUGAUGCUUACAAUUAUUUAAAUAGUACUGUCAAUAGAGAUGCCAAGAAAAAAUAUAUUCAAAUUGGUGAUGAAACCAAGUCUCUUCUCGAGAAUGCUGAAAAUUUACAAAAGAGAUUGAUUGACAUUGAAAAAGAAUGCAUGCAUUAUGGUGAUGGAAAAGAAAUAUGUUUGAAUGAAAAAUUCGAUGAUAUAAAUGAACGUACAGAAGAAUUCAAUAACACAGCUGUAAUAAUAAAAGGAAGAUCAUUUUUAUUACGUUCUCAUUACAAAGAUAAAAUUGCCGAAUUUCGUAAAAAAAUUCAAGAUGCUAAAAAUCGACUUCGUCCAUGUAUUCACAACUACAUUAAUUAUUAUCGAGGAAAUGAAAAAGUGACAAAUUAAAAGAACAUAAAUAACCAAUGAUAAAAGUUUAUAAAAACUUUUUAAAUUAAAUUUGUUUUAAAAUUUUUAUGAAAAUAAAUAAAAUGCAUUCGAAAAAAACAAUCAAUUAUAUUUGAAUUAAUUCAAUAUUAAUUAUUGGCAAUUGUCAAACCUAAAUUUUUACCUUGACUUUUAAAAUAUAUAUAUGUAACAAAAUA